AUGUUCAAGAAGAAAGAUUCUUAUAUCAACACCACCCCCAUCCCGCCGAACAUUCCGCGUCAACUGGCAUUGGACCUCUUACAUAGCCAUAGCGAGAUCAUCACUCUGAACCCACUCGUUCUUUCCCACAACCCGAUUAAGGCUCCGCGGGAUGCACCUGCUGAUGAGUAUUACCACACCUGGUAUGAGAUUCACGAGCGAGUACAAUAUAUUCCUGGCAUAGGGAAGCUCGGGUCUGGCAAGAUCAGCUUCAAAGGCAGUUUCCACAAUACCUCGCUCGGGAUUUACACCCACACAUACGUCCCGCUAGGAAUCGAACUCAAAAGCAAAUGGCACGUGGGCGGAAGCCAACCUGAUGAGCCCCCGGAGCCGGUAGAACAGCGCCCGGAGGGGGCUCCAGCCAAUGGGCUUUAUCUACACGAAGACAUUGAGAUCAUUGCCAAUCGCACACUCAUUUCAUUUGUGAAAAGCCAGCUCAAGGCCGCCUCGAAGGUCCUGAUCGAGCGCCUAAUUAAAAAGGCUGAGCUGCUUGACGCGGGUGUCUUGCAGGCUAUGUUUGAAGACGGGAAGCUGAGAACCAUCAAUCCGGCUGACCGAACGAUGACAUUUUCCCAACAACCAUCGAUGUUUUCUCCGACUAUUCCCUCUGAUCAGCGCUCUUCUAGGUGGUCAGCUUCUGGGCCUACACGCUCAGGAUCGAUGUCGUCAACCUCGACGGGCUCACAUGCUGGGCGUACACCCUCCAUGUCACAGUACUCGGUUGGUCCAGGGCAUUAUAGGACUGUGGCUGCAGAGUUACCUGGUAGUACCUCACGUCCCCAGUCAUUACCGGCGCCUGGAAAACAUUUUGAAAUAGCUGAGAUGGAAGGCAGCGGUCAUCUACCCGACCAGGGCUUCCGUUCUCCGAAGCUUUAUCAAGGACAUGCUGUUGAACUGCCUGCCAUGACAGAAACUUCGGAAGAGCACGCGUCAAAUCGGCCGUCAUAUCAAUGGUAA